AUGGCAAAGCAUCUGAAUACCAUAACUUGUCGCAACGCAGGACAGAACAGGAAACGUGAAAUCACUGGAUUCUUUCAAAAGGGAAAUCCUCCACCAAUCGAAGUCCCUUUUUCACAAGAUAUCUGGGAAAAGGAACUACUUGAUUUUUUUAUGCUUAACCGACUUCCAUUCAACCUUUUUGCCGAACCAUCAUUUCAUCGGCUAUUCCAAACCAAC